CCGCAAGCAGCCCAAGACGUUCGCGUUCGACCACUGCUUCGACUCCCUGGCCUGCGACAGCACCGCCUUCGCCACGCAGGAGACUGUCUUCACGGCCGUCGGGGUGGACAUCCUCAACAAUGCCUUCACGGGCUACAACGCCUGCAUCUUCGCCUACGGCCAGACCGGCUCUGGCAAGUCCUACACCAUGAUGGGCACGGCGGACAACAAGGGCCUGAUCCCUCGCCUCUGCGACACCCUCUUCGAGCGGAUCGCUGCCAGCGCUCAACAAACCACCUCGCACAAGGUCGAAGUCUCGUACAUGGAAAUCUACAAUGAGAAGGUACAUGACUUGCUCGACCCCAAAGGAUCAAGACAGACGCUGAAAGUGCGAGAGCAUAAUAUUCUGGGUCCUUAUGUUGACGGCCUCUCGCUUCUUGCCGUCUCGUCGUAUGAGGAAAUCGAGCAGUUGAUCGAAGAAGGAAACAAAGCUAGGACAGUUGCAGCCACAAACAUGAACAGCGAAUCCUCUCGCUCUCAUGCUGUUUUCACUGUCGUGCUCACCCAGACCAUGACAGAUGUUGCCUCGGGCGUGUCUGGGGAAAAGGUCUCCAAAAUGUCCCUGGUGGAUCUUGCCGGCUCAGAGCGAGCAGUGAAGACAGGUGCCGUGGGCGAGAGAUUAAAAGAGGGCUCCAACAUUAACAAAUCCCUGACAACACUGGGUUUAGUAAUAUCGAAGUUGGCAGACUCAGCUGUUGGCAGGGGAAAGAGCAAAGGAGAUAACUUUAUACCUUAUCGUGAUUCUGUCCUAACAUGGCUUCUGAAGGACAACCUUGGAGGCAAUAGUCGCACAGUCAUGGUUGCCACGGUGUCCCCGGCGGCCGACAACUACGAGGAGACACUGUCCACCCUGAGGUACGCGGACAGAGCCAAGAGGAUCGUCAACCAUGCCGUGGUCAACGAAGAUCCCAACGCCAAGAUUAUCAGGGAACUGCGGGAGGAAGUGGAAACAUUGCGAACUCAACUACAGUCUCUGCGUCAAGUGACAAGAGACGGCCACGCCUCCCUCCAAGAAGAGGAAAGUCUUAAUGAGAAGUUGCAUGAGAGUGAGAAGCUUAUUACCAAUCUCUCAGAAACGUGGGAGGAUAAGUUGAAAAAGACAGAACGUGUCCAGCAAGAAAGACAGCAAGCCCUGGAGAAGAUGGGUAUUAGUGUACAAGCAUCUGGCAUUAGUGUUGAGAAGAACAAGUAUUACCUUGUGAAUCUUAAUGCAGAUCCUUCCCUCAAUGAAAUGCUUGUGUAUUAUCUCAAGGAUCGAACUCUUGUUGGUCGGCCGGAUGCAGGGUCAACACCAAAUGACAUUCAGCUCUCAGGUGUUGGCAUAGAGACCCAUCACAGUGUGUUGGUUAUAGAAAAUUCUGAUCUCUUCCUUGAACCUUAUCCCAAUGCCAGAACAUGUGUUAAUGGUUCUCAGGUGACAGAAAAACUACAGCUAAGGCAUGGAGAUCGAAUAUUGUGGGGCUUUAACUACUUCUUCAGAGUCAACUGUCCAAAGACAAGUACCAGUGGCAAUAACUCGGAGCCUCAGACCCCUGCUCAACCAAUUGACUACAAUUUUGCCCGCGAGGAACUGAUGCUAAAGGAACUGAGUAAUGACCCCAUACAGGCAGCUAUACAAAACCUUGAACGUCAACAUGAAGAAGAUAAACAAAUGGCUUUGGAGAAACAGAGACAAGAAUAUGAAAAACAGUUCCAGCAACUGAGAAACAUCUUAUCCCCCACAACUCCUUAUGCACCAUAUAUGCCAUUUGACCCUCUGAGGGGAACCAAGAUGACUCCCUCAACUCCCACAUCUCAGCUUCGAAUAGAAAAAUGGGCACAGGAAAGAGAGGACAUGCUGGAGCACACAUCUCUUUUGUACCCUGGCAGAGAGGACAUGUUCAAGCGCAGUCUGGCACAGCUGCGACAAGACAUCAUGAAAGCCAACACCUUAGUCCGGGAAGCUAAUUUCUUUGCGGAUGAAAUGGGCAAGCAGACAACCUUCGGGGUGACCCUCCAGAUACCUCCGCAGAACCUCUCUCCAAAUAGGAAGAGGUCGGCAUUUGUCAGCGAGCCUGCUAUUCUAGUCAAGAGGAAAGGAAAGCCAAACCAGGUUUGGUCAAUGGAGAAGCUGGAACAUAAACUGAUUGUGAUGCGUGAGAUGUAUGAUGAGAAGCAAAAUGACCCCCUGGUGUCCCGUCCCGAAGCAGAUCCGUUUUAUGAAAGUCAGGAAAAUCAUAAUCUUAUUGGAGUGGCAAACAUAUUCCUAGAUUGCCUUUUCCAUGAUGUGCGGCUAAAUUACCACAUUCCCAUUAUCUCACAGCAAGGGGAAGUGGCGGGGAGACUACAGGUUGAAAUAAGCCGCAUUUCUGGUCAGUUUCCACAAGAGCGUUUUGCAGACACUCUCUCUGAAUCAUCUGGAGAUUCUGCACAGAGUAGAGAAGAUGACGAAAUUCAGAACAAUACAGUUACAGUUAGGGUAUGCAUCAAACAGGCAGCUGGACUUCCACCUUCUCUGUCACACUUUGUAUUUUGUCAGUACCAGUUUUGGGGACAGACAGAAAGUGAAGUAGUUGCACCUGUUGUCAAUAAUGAGUUUCCUGCUGCUCCAACUUCUAAAGACUCAAUGACAUUUAAGUUUGAACAUUCAAAAGAUUAUACAGUCAUGGUCACAGAGGACCUCUUAGAGCACUGUGCAGAUGGUGCUCUCUCGAUUGAGGUUUGGGGUCACAGGUCUGCUGGCUUUGGUAUUUCACGUCCUGGUUGGGAGGUUGACCAACAAUUGGCCAAGGCUCGGUCUCUUGUUGACAGAUGGAAUGAAUUGACAAGGAAAAUAGAGAUGUGGGUCGAGAUUCAGGAACUUGGAGAGUGUGGAGACUAUGUUUCUGUUGAGGUGUUACCGCAAAAAGAUGUUUUAACUGGUGGUGUUUACCAGUUACGUCAAGGGCAACAGAGGCGGGUAGUUUGCCGGGUGAAGCCUGUUUCCAACUCUGGUACUCUUCCACUGAUAUGUGAGGCAAUAACAAGUAUAAAUAUUGGGUCAGUAUGUGGACGUCUGAGAUGCCAGCGGCAAUUAGACUCGUAUACAGAAGAAGAUCUUAAUAUUCUUCGUGAGAGAUGGAGUGAAGCAUUGAAGCGAAGAAGAAUGUAUUUAGACCAACAGAUCCAAAAAAUUAUCAACAAAGGAGACAAAAAUGAGCAUGAUGUGGAGCGUGAACAGUCUCUUGUGGAUCAGUGGGUAACUUUAACAGAAGAGAGAAAUGCAGUAUUGGUUCCUGCUGCUGGAUCUAACAUUCCAGGCGCUCCAGCUGACUGGGAUCCACCUUCUGGCAUGGAGGCUCAUGUCCCAGUUCUUUUCCUUGAUCUAAAUGCUGAUGACUUCUCAACACAAGGCUUUGGUGAUAGCUUGACCAUUGCUGGAACAAAUGCCAUAAUUCCAAAAGAAAACUGCAACAAAUUCUUCCAGUUGCCAAUUAUCAAAUGUUAUGAAAAGGAUGUUUGUGCUGUAGCCUCUUGGGAUUCUUCCAUCCAUGACAACCAGUACCUCAAUAGACUCACGCCAAACGAUGAAAGAGUGUACCUGAUUGUAAAAGCAGUCGUGCGUCUCUCACACCCCGCGCCAAUGGAUAUGGUAUUAAGGAAACGUCUGGCAGUCAAUAUCUAUAAAAAACAGUCAUUAACAAGCAAAUUUGUCAAGUCAUUCAUCGGCUCAACAAAUACCCUUUAUGAAACUGGUAUCAUGUAUGAAGUUGUGUCAAACAUUCCAAAGGCAAGUGAAGAACUGGAGGAACGAGAAUCACUUGCCCAAAUGGCAGCUAAUGCUGAUGAUUCUCAUGCAGAAGAUGGAGAAACGUAUAUUGAAAAAUACACCAAGGGAGUAACGUCAGUGGAAUCCAUCCUAAUGCUGGACAGAUUGCGGCAAAACGUAGCUGUGAAAGAGCUGCUCCAGUCGGCUGGAAGGCCACUCAUGAGGAAGACUGCAUCCGUCCCAAACUUUUCUCAUGAAGUUGGUUGUGAAAAACAGAGGGAGACAGGAUUUACAAAGCCUGCCCCAGCACACCGAGGACUGCAGGAUGAGGGAUUAUUCGGAAGUCUGGAUGGAGGACUGGAUGGAGUUACACGCUCAGGUAGUGUGAUGGACCUCAAUGCACAGUUGUCCUCUGCACCCACACCGAACCACGCGGACAAGAACAAACAUCGGUACUCUUUACCUGGGCCGAGUGAGAGGCCGUUUGGCUUGUCUCGACCUACGUUCCUCAAUUUGAACCUGAACCUCAACUCUCUCAGACUUCAGGGAUCCACUCCUGCCAAGUCAUCUCCAAGUCCUGGGCCCAUGAAAAUGACGCCAAGAAUGACAACACUGCAUGAGGAGAACACAAGAGAGGCUGCUCCUCUGCUCCACAUAAUGAAAAUGCAGCAGGAACAUCUGGAGGUGCUAGUGGUGAGGAGGAAUUUAGUGACUUUGCUUCCUAUAGAAGCACUGGCCUAGCAGGAGGGCGCCUUCAUCUCACGCAGAGUAGAACACUUGAUUCUUUGAAUGAGGUUGCAGCUACCAAGGCUGGGACACCGUCAACAGUGUCAAGUGGCUAUGGCUCAGGUGCAGUGUCAUCCACAACACUGAGUGAAGAUUCGCUCUCAGUGCGAAGUGUGAGCGUUGAUGAAACUCCAGACAAAGACCUUCCCACUAACCAUGCAACAAUGGAUGUCUCCACUAUCAGUUCUGGCGAGAGUGACUCUAGUGAUACAAGAACAGUGAUCAAUCAACACCUGGGAACGCUACAUCAUCCUGAUACUAGCGACUCCACCUACACUGGCCACAUGCAGACGGAAUCUUCCAGUGAGCUCAAGAUCAUCGAGGAUGAUGAAAACAAAGAAAAUUCCAAAAACCUCCAGGUGGCUGACAUCCACAACUACAAUAACAAAGGGUCUAUCACCAUCGAUGCCAGUCCCCCAAAAUCUGUGAGUCCUGUCUCUCCUGCCGCUUCCUUCUCCUCCACCACGUCACCGCUGCCCUCAACAGUCACCCCUGAGGUCGUGAUGAGGCGAGGAGGAUCAGGCAAGCGGAACCCCACCCACCGGAUGUCCUUUCCUCUGGCCCAUUCACAGUCCCAUUCUGUCAUCGAUUCUCAUACAAUGAACGGUGCAUCGCCUGCAUCUUCUUCUGAAUGCGUUGCAGAUGGAGAGAAAACUCCGCCAGUCAUUAGUAGCAAGCCUUUAGCUCCCCUACCGGACUGGUGUGAGGUGGGAGAGAGUGUCCAGAUCCGACCCUACAACUACUCUGGUGUCAUUGCUUAUAUUGGCCACACAGAUUUCGCGCCAGGAACCUGGGUUGGAGUAGAGCUGGAUGUUCCAAUGGGUAAAAAUGAUGGAUCUCUGAAUGGAGUUCGGUACUUUGCAUGCCGUCCAAAGUGUGGCAUGUUUGUCAAGCCGGAGAAAUUACUGUUGGACCGACGGGGCCGAGCCAUGAGAGCUGGCCGCAAUAAUGGCUCGGGUCAGAGUGGCAUGGGCGAUAUGAAACGUUCGCGAUCCACGGCAGAGAGGCUCAGUGAUGUUGGAAUAAGGAAAAGUGCCAGCAAAAGUGAGGGUCUGAACAGCAUGCGACGCUCCAAGAGCCGAGCUGAGGGUCUUUCCUCGUUCUCCGACCGCUCAAAAUCUGCCACUUCUCGAAUUAGGAAAUAAGCUGUAAGACUCAAGUCCUGGUAGAGUUAUCUCUGGUAAAACAAAAUGAAAAAGGCUGCUAUAUACAGGGUGCAUUGCAAGCAAGUUGUGUGCCAACUGGAACAUAAAGAGUUAGCAAAUUUUAUUUAACCCAGUUACUUAAAGUUAUUGUUCUCAUCUUUACAUUGAUUUUAUUAAAAAAGGAAGAGAAAAUAAAUAUAGAACAAUGUAACAAGAAGCUGGCAAUUGCACAACUAUUGUGAGCAGCACAGCCCCAAACUUCCAUCAAGUGUUACCCUGAGAACACGUCCCUGUUAUCCCUCCAUUGUGAGAUCCUCUUGUAUGGUAGCAAUAGAUAGAUUGUACUUAACCUGCUUCAGGAUUUGAGCACUUCCGUCGAUAUUAAAUUACUAUUUUUUGAUUUUUAAUAAUUUUAUUGUGAAAUACAUAUGACUCAAGAUUUAUGAGUUUUGUUCAGAUUUUAUGCUUGUAAGAUUGACUAGUACUUGAAAGGAAGUCUGAAAUGAAAGUAUGUUAUUAUUUUACCACAUUAUAGAUUACUUUUUAUUGAAAUUAUAUACUUUUAAUAAUAAAUCUGACUUUCCAUCGUCCAGAAUGUAUAGAAUUAAUACCAUUUCAUACAUCAUAGACAUAUUUAUGGCCAAUUUGUGUACAGUGUAACAAGACAAGUAUGAAGUAAAUCAUAAAUGUUUUUACUCACCACAAGAUUUGUGGAAUACUGUGUUGGCUUUCUGUGCUUCGAACUGCUGGAAUAUAGAUGUAGAUGCUUUGGUGGACAAAUGAAGGACUUGAUUGUUAUAAGAAAAUAUAUCAGUACUAAAGAUCAAAAGGUAAAAAAAAGUUAUACCUAUAAGAGAUGUGUCUUAAUUUUGAAAAUUAUGAUUUUGUCAAGUUCUUCAAAUUAUUUGACACCAUGUGUAUGUUUCCAUGAUGAUUUGUAAUGUUCAACUUGUAUAUAAAAGGAUGUAAUACA